AUGUCUACAGUCGCUCUUUCCGCUCUUUUGGCAGCCGCCGCCCUCACCUCUGGUGUACAUGCCCAGACCACCGCCCUCGUCGACCACACCUACGCCUAUUCGGACGUUCCGUACAAAGUUGAGCCGACCGGAGACGUCCGCGGCAGUCAGGUCGGAUACAACAUCUGUAACUCGACUACCCAGAACCAGGAUUCAUACUGCCAGACCUUGAUCGUCAACGGAAUAGAAGACUUCUGCAUCUGGUCUUCCCCCAAGGAGGACGACACUAUCGGUACUUCGGAGGCGUACGAGGUCGCAUGGUGCACGCAAAACGACCAUGGCACGCGUCUCAUUCCACAGGGCAGCCUGACAGGCGUACAGUACCUCUACACUGCCAACUACAUUCAGAUCGUCGGUUUCAUCGACCAGUCGAAUAUCAACCUCCAGGCGAACGACUCGGGAGGAGAGCUCGACCCUCAUGGAUCCGACUUGCUGGGUAAUCCCAUGGGUGGUCUCGUUUAUUCGAACCAAUACCCGACUGGCAACACGGACAACACCUCCUACACCCAGAUCAUCGAAUGGACUCAAUUCAUCGGCAACGGCCAGUUCUGCCUCAAGAUUUGCAACCCGUCGAACACGAGUGCAGAUAACGUCGGCUGGUGCAACAAUGUCUAUGACGAAGUCGGCAUCAACUACAACUGCCCCAACGCGGCCCAGAAUGGCACGUUUGAAGUCUGCGAUGGCGACUCGAUGGAGAAGAUCGGUGAAUACGUCUCCAAUGGCGUGACAACUACCUGGACACAGCCGUGGUCUGGUGUCUGGACCGUUCCCUACACGCCUGUUGUCCCGUCGUCGUCCAACUGCCGCACGUACACCUCGACCGACAUCUAUACAGACAAGCUUGCUGUGACGAGCUCGGCCUCUUCUGGUUCUGCGUCUGCGACGGCCACGAGCUCCGGUGCAAGCCGAUCGAGUGGUGCUUCAAGCGGCGCGUCGCGCAGCGGAGCGGCGAGUGGUGCUGCUGCGACAUCGACGGGCUCUUCAUCUAGCUCGAGCGGUGCAGGUGCGGUGCGCAUCUCAGCGCUCGCGACACUCGCCGGCGUCGCGUUUGCCGUUGUCUUCCUGGCGUAA